AACUAGACUAUCGGACGAAUAGUCUACACAAAUCAUGAUUAUUGGUAGUCUAUGGAAGGGUACAAUUAAAAAGAUCACACACACACAAUGAGAGAGAAAAUAAUAAUCACUUCGAGUGAAUGUGCUGCUCAACUAACAGUUUCAGUAAUACGAUUAAAUAUUAGAAACCACAUUGGAAGUAAUGCCUGCUAUGGUUGAAUAUCUUGGAAUGAAGAACAUUGAAGGAAUCAAUGUGAUGAAUAUUAUGCAACAUGACGACCCUAUAAUGGUUGUAUCCACAUAUACCAAAACAGUAGAUUAUGCUUUAUUAAUAAUGAAAUCAUUCACAAUGAUAGGUGCUUAUACUUGUUACAGUACAAAUAUCAGUAUCAUUUGUCAUCAUAAUGCUCUCAUCAUUACUUAAGAUGAUUGUUCAAGAAUCCGGACAAUGGAUAGCGUUCACUAUUGCUGGUUUAAUAAUUUUAAUUGCAUCUGUGAUAGCCCUAGUGAUUGCUCUCGUGAAGAAGAUAAAUGAGAAAUAUCCACUGAAUGUGGCGCUUGUAAUUAUUUAUUCUAUCUGCAUGGCAACAUCAUUCGGAGUUUGGAAUGCACAGUUAGAUGCUAUUGUCAAACUUGCAGUCUUUGUAAUCAGUUUGGUAUUAUUCACAUGUGGAUUACUGAUUGGUGCAGCGAUUAAAACAGAUUUGGCGGAUCACAUAACUAGUAUUGCAUUAUCCCUUAUGGUUAUAUCUGUUGUCACUAUGAUAGUCGCGGUUGUGCUAAGUAUUUGGUAUAAUUUAAAGUAUUAUACGAUCGGUGUUCUCAUAGGUACACAAAUAUUAAUGUUCAUCGUAACAAUAUUUCUAAGUUACUUAACUGUUGGCAAAUCAAGAUAUCUUUUCUUUUAUCCAAAUUAUGCAUUGGCAUCUAUAUUUUUAUAUACCGAAACCACAUUGGAAGUAAUGCCUGCUAUGGUUGAAAAUCUUGGAUGGAAGAACAUUGAAGGAAUCAAUGUAAUGAAUAUUAUGCAACAUGAUGAUAGUAUAACGGUUGUAUCCACAUACACCAAAACAGUGCUUAUACUUGUUGCAAUACAAAUAUCAGUAUCAUUUGUCAUCAUAAUGCUCUCGUCAUUACUUGGGAUGGUUGGUCAAAGUGGCGGGCAAUUGAUACCAUCCAUUAUUGCUGGUUUAUUGAUUUUAAUUGCAUCUGUGAUAGCCCUAGUGAUUGCUCUCGUGAAGAAGAUAAAUGAGAAAUAUCCACUGAAUGUGGCGCUUGUAAUUAUUUAUUCUAUCUGCAUGGCAACAGCAUUAGGAGUUUGGAAUGCACAGUUAGAUGCUAUUGUCAAACUUGCAGUCUUUGGAAUCAGUUUGGUAUUAUUCACAUGUGGAUUACUGAUUGGUGCAGCGAUUAAAACAGAUUUGGCAGAUCACUUAAUGAGCAUUCUAAUAUCAUUUUCGGUUAUAUCUGUUGUCAUUGUGAUAGUCGCGGUUGUGCUAAGUUUUUGGAAACAUUACAAGUAUUAUACGAUCGGUGUUUACAUAGGUGCACAAAUAAUAUUGUUGAUUUUAACAAUAUUUCUAAGUUAUUUAACUGUUGGCAAAUCAAGAUAUCUUCUCUUAUAUCCAAAUUAUGCAUUGGCAUCUAUACUAUUAUACACCAUAUUCUUUUCGACUUUAUCAAUCAAUACGGAUAUCAUUAAUGUCAACAAUACUGAUAGUUCUAUAUUCCAGUUCCAAUUCACAGAACAUUGAAGUUGAACACUGAAUCGAAGAGAACCUUCUUGAUUUCGUGUUGUUGUUGAUGAUUUAAUAUGGGAUCAAUCAAAAACUUGUUUGUUCGUGUGCAAACUGAAUACAUGUGUUUAUUUUUGUCCUAAUGGAUAACAAUGUAACGUGUAUAAAGUGAUUUCAAUAAUUGUUAUCCAUCUUCAGUGUUGAUUACUUUACCUAGAUGAAGAACAUAUGAAAAGUAUCAUUGUCAUUAGAAUAGUUAUUAAAUGGGAGAUUUAUCAUUUUCAUCUUUAUUUGUGCCCACUAAUGUCAACUUGAAAUUCUCUCUGUUACGUAAUCAGACAUUGUGCUAAAAUGUUACAUUACAGCUCUGUGUAACUUUGGAAAAAUAUAUCCAUUGUGGAGCAUUAUUGAAGCAAGUCCGACGCGUCCUGUGUUCGAAUCUCAGGAGGCCGGAUCGUGAAUGUGCCCAACUGGGAAUACCACAUUAGGACGAAUCAGUCGUUCAAUGAAUCCACGUAUUCCUCGCUGGUCUAGCUUCAAUUGUCUCGUACAUUCAACUAUCAAAUACAUAUGAGCUUUUCAUUAA